AUGGGAAAAUAUGCCUCUAUUGAUUCAUAUUUUCAGAAGUGUCGAUGGUACUUCUCAGGAGUGUAUCAACAUAAUGAGAAAUAUUAUAUAAAGUCAACUCAAUCAGCUAUUCAGUUAAUUGAAGUUACUUUGAUGCGCGGGACUCGCCUAUUGCAUUUCGUCCAAAUUCUAUCUCAGUCGUGGUUUGAGAUUUUCCGAGAGCAGGCGUGUUUACGGCUGAAGGAAGAUGGACAAGUUGCUGUUAUUAGCCGCAACAUGAAUAGAAACUUACUGAAUUUGGCUCGAGCGUCUGCACGCUAUUAUUGCUUAAAGCCACCAGGCCGCAAGAAUUGGCCGCGUCCGAUGAUGUUGGGGCCACAAACACCGAUGCAUCCAAAAUUUCCGGGAUGGUCACUUUAUUAUUUGCCGGUGACCGAUGACAAAUACCUGUGGUGUGUAAUCAUUCUGCUCUUUCAAUUCACUGGAUUUGCAUUACCUGUACUUGGCAUCUGCAAGAUGCUCAAAACGAUGUAUGGCAAUAAUUAUAUUUGUCGUAACUUGAUACUUUUUUUAUAA